AUGGAAUCAGGCAAACAGAGCAAAAGUCUAUUAUGGAGAGUUCCAAAAGCUCCUCUUUUUCAUCCCUUAUCAAGAAGGUUUCAUUUGAUUUUAUUACUCAGUACUGGAUUUUGUUGUACUACCUUUAUGAGAAUGCAAAUUGCCUUAACUAUGACAUGUAUGAUUAAUUCAACAGCUGUAAGCUUGGAAGAAGAAGCUCUCAGAUUGAUUGGCCAUGAUCUGAAUAUCAGCACAAGUUUCUUAGAGCCGGAUUUAAUUCUGGACGAGCUUGGUUUAGCAAAUGUAAGUAUAGUGACAGGAGCUGGAGGUGGCUGUACUCCGGAAAAAGCUGAUGGCAAGCACGUUAUUGUAGAUUACGGGGGUACUCUCACUUGGACACAUAAUCAACAAAAUCUUAUCUUCGGAGGUACUUUCACUGGAGCUUUAUUCGUUUGUCUGCCGGGAAUGCUCUUAGUGCAAAGAGGCUCGGCUCGUCUGGUUCUGUUAGCAGCUAUGAUGACGUACGUGGCUAGCUCUUUAGUCACUCCAUACUUGGCCUUAAACGUGGGAUACAUAGCUGUUUUCAUAGCUAGAGUUGUGAUGGGAUUCGGAGAAGGUCUUGUGAUUCCUUCAAUCAAUUCAAUAAUUGCUUUGUGGUUUCCCAUGGAAGAGAGAAGUACAGCUUUAGCAUUGUUCACUACUGGGAAUCAGCUGGCUGGUGCUGCGGGAAAUCCUUUUGCUGCAGCAAUGUGUGCUUCCUCUUGGGGAUGGACUAGCAUCUUCUAUGUGUGCGGAACAGUUGGUUCAUUGUGGUCCCUAAUCUGGCUUCUGACUUCAAGUAAUCAACCUAACGAUUGCAAAUACAUGACUAAGAAAGAAAGAAAGUAUUUGAGAGUGAAAAUGCCAGCUCAAAACAAAUCCUCAAGAAAGCAAUCCGUACCUUACAUGAAAGUACUUACAUCGCCUGCUUUCCUCGCCCAACUUCAAUGCCACUUUGUUAUAAACGCUUUCAUGACUCUUCUCCAGCUCUACUUACCUUCGUACUUGAAAGAUGUGCUGAAAUUGGGUGUGAUGACAAAUGGCAUAUACAUUGCAAUUCCAAACAUUUUCAAUUUUGUUUUCAAAGUAAUAUGGGGCUUGUUCAUGGACAAGAUGAAAGAGAAAAAAGUCCUGACUCCGACCGCAGCUGUGAAACUGUCACAAGUUGUUGCUAACUUGGGAAGUGCCGUAUGUCUUGUGAUUGUCGCAUUUUUUGUUGAUUGCAGCAACAAAGAGGUAGGUCUUGCCUUAUUCUGUACCACCUUUUUACUAAUGGGAACUUUCACCUCCGGUUUCUACACCUCUCUUCUGUCUCUUGCUCCUAGAUACACGGCGACGUUGUCGUCCAUUUCACAGUUUGUUGCAAUGCUUGGUCGUUUGUCAACUCCUAUAACAGUUGGACUGGUCAAACAAACAGGUAGUAUCGAAGAGUGGAGACAACUGUUUUGCGUAGCUGCUGCAGUUUCAGUUUUAUCUGGAUUGGUUUUCGCUAUGUUCGGGUCAGGUGAAAUACAAGAUUGGGGUAGAGAUGAUAACAGUAAGCCUGCUGGUACAGAAGAAAUAGUGGAAUUGGUCAAAAAGCAUAGGACAGAGUCUAUCUGUGAUUGA